AUGGAGGAAGCCCCAAUAAAGAUACUUCCAGAAAGCGUUACCAAACGAUUUAUUAUUUCUUCCAACGGAAUCAUAUUGGAUGAACAACAACCUCCACAAGCUGGAGAAAAUAAGUGGGAGGAUCCAGCAAUCGUUAAGGAAAUAAAACCCAGCAAGUCCAUUCCUGGAAAGAAUAAAGAUGUUUCGGGUGCGAACAGGGAAUUCAUGGAGUUAAAUCCAAAUUUGUUCAGGAUUAACAUGAAUAGAGAGGCCAUGAUAGCAGAUUUCAUGAUGGGGAGUAGUUUGGACCACGAGAUUCCAAUGAACUUUGCAAUAUGA